UGCCGUCUUCUCAAAUUUAGGUCCUUCCUCCCCAUCCGUACAAUUCCGUCGCCGCGUCGUGACGCGUGCUCUGCGCCGGAAGAGUAGCCUGAAGGCGCUGGAUAACCAUGGCGGCGGUGGAUAUCCGAGAUAACCUGCUGGGAAUCUCUUGGGUCGACAGCUCUUGGAUCCCCAUUUUGAACAGUGGUAGCGUCCUGGAUUACUUUUCAGAAAGAAGUAACCCUUUCUAUGACAGGACAUGUAAUAACGAAGUGGUCAAAAUGCAGAGACUAACAUUGGAACACUUGAAUCAGAUGGUUGGCAUUGAGUACAUUCUUCUGCAUGCCCAGGAGCCCAUUCUUUUCAUCGUUAGGAAGCAGCAGCGACAGUCCCCAUCUCAAGUGUUCCCACUAGCCGAUUACUACAUCAUUGCUGGAGUGAUCUAUCAGGCACCAGACUUGGGAUCGGUCAUAAACUCCAGAGUGCUCACUGCAGUGCACGGUAUCCAGUCGGCUUUUGAUGAAGCUCUUUCGUACUGUCGAUACCAUCCUUCCAAAGGGUAUUGGUGGCAUUUCAAAGAUCAUGAAGAGCAAGAGAAAGUCAAACCUAAAGCCAAAAGAAAAGAAGAGCCAAGUUCUAUUUUUCAGAGACAACGUGUGGACGCUUUACUCUUAGACCUUAGACAAAAAUUUCCACCUAAGUUUGUGCAGCACAAGUCUGGAGAAAAGCCUGUUCCAGUGGACCAGUCCAAGAAGGAGGCAGAACCUGCGCCCGAAACUGUGAAAGCUGAGGAGAAGGAGCCCAGCAGGAACGCCCAGCAGGCAGCGAGCAUGAAAGGCCCCCCGGAGAAGCGGGUGAGGCUGCAGUGAGGUGGGACGCC